CCUGCGGCCUGGGUGUCGGUGAUUCCGGUCAAGUGAGGAGUUGCGGUUGUGAAUCCACUCCGUCCUUCGGGCGAGCAGAGCACACAUGGAGAAGAGUAUCAGUCACGACAGCCUCGCGUCCAAGCGGUCGCUGCCCAGGAGCGGCUCCGACUCCAGGCCGCCCAGCGCCGGCUCCGUGAGCAGUACCUCCUCGUCUGUAUCUGAGCAGUCUGUGUACAACAAGACUACUACAGUUAUGUCUUCUGAUUCUGUUUCUUCUGCAGAUUUUUCUUCAGAUUUCAGGAUGAUCAGGGAUGGCAACAAACUGGCUCAAAUGGAGGAAGCACCAUUAUUACCAGGAGAAUCAAUUAAAGACAUGGCCAAAGAUGUUACCUAUAUUUGCCCUUUUACUGGUACCGUGAAAGGAACACUGACUGUUACAAACUACAGACUGUAUUUCAAAAGCUUGGAGCGGGAUCCACCUUUUGUUCUCGAUGUUCCUUUGGGUGUGAUCAGUCGUGUUGAAAAGAUUGGUGGAGCAUCUAGCCGAGGGGAGAACUCUUAUGGUCUUGAAAUCUUUUGUAAGGAUAUUCGGACCAUCCGUUUUGCUCAUAAACAAGAAGGUCACACUCGGCGAUCUAUUUUUGAGAACUUAAUGAAAUAUGCAUUUCCCACAUCCAAUAAUUUGCCAUUGUUUGCAUAUGAAUACAAGGAAAUAUUUCCAGAGGAUGGCUGGAAGGUUUAUGACCCUGUUGCAGAAUAUAGGAGAAUGGGUCUACCCAAUGAAAGCUGGAAAUUGAGUAAGAUAAAUGAAAAUUAUGAACUUUGUGAUACUUACCCUGCUGUACUGGUUGUCCCUGAAAAUGUCCCAGAAGAUGAGUUGAAGAGAGUAGCAGCUUUCAGGUCAAGAGGUCGUCUACCAGUAAUAUCAUGGAUACAUCCAGAGAGUCAGGCAACAAUCACUCGCUGCAGUCAACCCCUGGUUGGUAUGAGUGGCAAACGCAGCAAAGAUGACGAAAAGUUUCUACAGAUUAUAAUGGACUCCAAUGCACAGUCUCAUAAAAUCUUUAUCUUUGAUGCUAGGCCCAGUGUUAAUGCUGUAGCUAACAAGGCAAAGGGAGGUGGCUAUGAAAGUGAAGAUGCCUAUCAGAAUGCAGAACUGGUCUUCCUUGAUAUCCACAAUAUACAUGUAAUGAGGGAAUCCUUACGGAAAUUGAAGGAAAUUGUUUAUCCCAACAUUGAAGAAUCACAUUGGUUGUCUAAUUUAGAAUCCACACACUGGUUAGAACACAUUAAGCUAAUUCUUGCUGGUGCUUUGAGGAUUGCUGACAAAGUUGAAUCUGGAAAGACAUCUGUUGUGGUGCAUUGCAGUGAUGGCUGGGACCGAACAGCUCAGUUGACAUCUCUGGCUAUGAUUAUGUUGGACAGCUAUUACCGUUCAAUUAGAGGCUUUGAAGUUCUUGUUGAAAAAGAAUGGCUUGGCUUUGGCCAUAGAUUUCAACUUAGAGUUGGGCAUGGUGAUAAGAACCAUACAGAUGCAGACAGGUCACCUGUCUUCUUGCAGUUUAUUGACUGUGUGUGGCAGAUGACAAGACAGUUCCCAACAGCCUUUGAGUUUAAUGAGUUCUUCCUCGUAACAAUCCUUGAUCAUUUGUAUAGCUGUUUGUUUGGAACAUUCCUUUCAAAUAGUGAACAGCAAAGAGUAAAGGAGGGACUUCAAAGAAGUACUAUUUCACUAUGGGCUUAUAUAAACAGCCAGUUGGAAGAGUUUACUAACCCCCUCUAUGUGAAUUACUCGAACCAUGUGUUGUAUCCUGUGGCAAGCAUGCGUCAUCUAGAGCUCUGGAUUGGAUACUAUAUCCGUUGGAACCCAAGGAUGAGACCACAGGAGCCUAUUCAUCAGCGUUACAAGGAGCUUUUAGCAAAGAGAACAGAGCUUCAGAAAAAAGUAGAAGAAUUACAGCGAGAAGUUUCUAACAGAUCUGCUUCCUCAUCGGAGAAAGCGGGCUCACCAUCACGUUCAGUUACACCAGAGCAGACUGCUGUUUGAAACUUGAAUACAUUAAAGAAUAUAUCAAUAGGUGAGGGUAAUAUAUACAAAGAUCUUCUGAUGCUUUAAGAAAAAAAUAUUCAUACAUUCAACCAAGGAUAUAUAAGCAGGAUUACUUUAACUUAUAAAUAUAUCUUUUAAUAGGAACAAUAAUUGCUAUUUGAAACAAAUAUUUCAAAUGUUGCAAGCAGAUAGACUAUGAAAUAGUUUGUUUUUUUGGAAGCAAGUAUUAUUUUGUUGCACUGAUAAGUAUUAACUACCAUUGUUCUCUUUAAUUCUAAGAUUAUCAUUUAAACUUAGUGUGUUCAUAUGUUUUAGAUCUGUUUGCUUUCUGUAGUUUGACACUACAAUUCCCAACUGUUCCAUACUGGGUUUCUUGCCUCCCUCUCUUUUAACAAGAGGGAUAAUAAAACGAAUGAUAAUUCAACAUACAUAGUAGGUAAGAAACAUGUUUAAGUAUAUGUGUGGUAAAAUAUGUAUGGAAAAACUAUUAUAAGGGGAAAAAAUGACUUCUAAACUGUGCAGGUAUGUUGACUGUGACCAGAAAUGGUAAUUUACCCACUGUGUGCUGUGUAGACUUUAAAAAAUAUAUUAGUUUUAUAUCUCAAAUUGCCAUUUUGGUAUUGCAAAAAUAUUGCUACCAUUGUUGUAUUGUAACACAGUUCACAUUUGCACUGGAUUGAUCAGUACAACUAAAAGUACUGAAAAUCAGUAAUGUAUUUUUCUAUCUGAAAUAUGUUGUAUAUUAAAAUGUGACAGCCAAGUUUCAGUUGACCAAACCAACUGUCCCGAUGGCAAGGCACAUAAGAAAUGCAGCUAGUGCCACCUUUUUUUUGUGUGUGUAAACUACCAGCUUUCUUGAAUCCUUUCUUUAAUCUUGCAUUAUGCAUGUACUUCAAUAGAGCAUUUUUUAAUGCACAAAAAAUUAUUUUGUUAAAUUGUAUUCUUAUUUAUAUAUAUAUAUAUAUAUAUAAGCUUUAGAAAUUAGUUACAUGUUAGUAAAAUGUCUAGUAUUUUUUAAAGAAAUUGGGAAAUGUAUCAA